ACAGCUUCAGAAAAACAAAAAACAAACAAAGGAAUCAGGAAGCAGCAAUGGUGAAUUGCCAUUUAUGCGUUUAACCCUGCUCUGUGAAGUGUGUCAUCAACUCUGCAUUAAGGUGGCGCACGGUAUACUAGUAGAUUCAGCGUCGAGCUAACCAUCGAAAAAGAGCAAUGCAAGCUGCAUCUUCAGGCAUCGGAUACGGUCUAAAAUAUCAGGCUAGAUGCAUAUCAGAUGUAAAGGCAGAUACAGAUCACACUAGCUUCCUUGCCGGCACUCUCAGCCUUAAGGAAGAAAAUGAGGUACAUCUGAUUCGGCUUUCGUCGAGUGGAACCGAACUGUUCUGCGAGGGGUUGUUUUCUCACCCGAACGAGAUCUGGGACCUUGCUUCGUGUCCUUUUGAUCAGAGGAUCUUUUCAACCGUCUAUUCUAACGGUGAAUCGUAUGGAGCAGCAAUAUGGCAGAUUCCCGAGUUAUAUGGCGAGUUAAAUUCUCCUCAGCUAGAAAGAAUUACCUCCCUUGACACUGAUGCUGGUAAGAUUAAAUGCAUUCUUUGGUGGCCAUCUGGAAGGCAUGAUAAAUUGAUCAGCAUCAACGAGGAAAACUUGUACUUGUGGAAUUUAGAUGUUUCCAAGAAAACUGCACAGGUACAAUCACAAGAUUCCGCUGGCAUGCUGCACAAGUUAUCUGGAGGGGCAUGGGAUCCGCAUGAUGUGAGUUCUGUUGCCGCAACUUGUGAAUCAUAUCUCCAAUUUUGGGAUGUCAGAACAAUGAAGAAGACUAUUUCAAUUGAGUGGUCACAUGUACGCGGUGUUGAUUACCAUCCCAAAAAGCAGCACAUACUUGUUACUGCAGAACAUGAAUCUGGGAUACACAUUUGGGAUCUAAGAAAGCCUAAAGUUCCUAUCCAAGAGUUUCCAGGACAUACUCAUUGGACAUGGACUGUCAAGUGUAACCCAGAAUAUGAUGGAAUGAUCUUGAGUGCUGGUACCGAUUCAACUGUCAACUUGUGGCUUGCCUCUACAAAUCAGGAUGAGUUAACUGAAAGACAAUCAGAUUCACCUGCUCGAUGGGUUGAUGCACUACUUCAUACGUAUAGUGAUUAUGAAGACAGCAUUUAUGGGCUCACCUGGAGUUCUCGUGAACCAUGGAUCUUUGCAUCGUUAUCGUAUGAUGGCAGGGUUGUUGUAGAAUCAGUUAAGCCUUUCAUUCCCAAAAAAUGAAGUUCAACACCAACUUCCGUGUUGCUAGCAUUUGCCACCUUCUUGGGUAGGUCAGUAAUUUGCUGCCUCUCGGGUCUUGAAAUAAACAGAUGACCGAAAAACCCAAAUGUUUAUUAUUACAUCAUGCUACCGCUGGGGGUUUUGACGUGGCAAAACAGGUUUGAUGUUACAUGUGCAUGACAUCUUUCACCAAGAAGCAUUGAUAGCUCAGAAAAUCAACAUUUUUUUUUGUUUAAUUUUUCUAUCUUUCAACGUUUAAUUGUUUUAGGUUGAAUUAUGUUGCUGGUUUAUUUUUUUAUUAGACACCCACCUUACGUAAUUCAUAUGGAGUCAUUGUAUAAUCUGCGGAACCACAAGUUCUUUCUGUAUCCCCCGAGUAUGUCCUCUAUUAUAUGUCUUCGUGGAAAAGUAAUUACAUCAUUCCUUAUUUUAUUAAUACAUUGAAAUUG